AUGUCUCUGAUAGUUGGUGUGGAUGACUACAGCUCAGAGUCUGAUGUGAUUAUUAUACCUUCAGCCCUGGACUUUGUCUCACAAGAUGAAAUGUUGACGCCCCUGGGGAGAUUGGACAAGUAUGCUGCAAGUGAGAACGUAUUUAACAGACAAAUGGUGGCCCGGAGUUUGCUGGAUACCUUGAGGGAAGUCUGCGAUGAUGAAAGAGAUUGUAUCGCUGUUUUGGAAAGAAUUAGCAGAUUGGCCGAUGAUUCAGAACCAACUGUGAGAGCGGAGCUGAUGGAACAGGUGCCUCACAUCGCACUGUUUUGUCAAGAAAACCGGCCUUCAAUACCAUACGCUUUUUCCAAAUUCUUACUACCUAUUGUGGUUAGAUAUCUUGCAGAUCAGAAUAAUCAGGUGAGGAAAACAAGUCAGGCAGCUUUGUUGGCUCUGCUGGAGCAGGAGCUCAUUGAACGAUUUGAUGUGGAGACCAAAGUGUGCCCUGUCCUCAUAGAGCUGACAGCCCCAGAUAGCAAUGAUGAUGUGAAAACAGAAGCUGUGGCUAUAAUGUGCAAAAUGGCUCCCAUGGUUGGGAAGGACAUUACAGAGCGUCUUAUCCUCCCUAGGUUUUGUGAGAUGUGCUGCGAUUGCAGAAUGUUUCACGUUCGAAAGGUCUGUGCUGCCAAUUUUGGAGAUAUUUGCAGUGUAGUUGGCCAGCAAGCUACUGAAGAAAUGUUGCUGCCCAGAUUUUUCCAGCUUUGUUCUGAUAAUGUGUGGGGAGUCCGAAAGGCUUGUGCUGAAUGCUUCAUGGCAGUUUCAUGUGCAACAUGUCAAGAAAUCCGACGGACCAAAUUAUCAGCACUUUUUAUUAAUUUGAUCAGUGAUCCUUCACGUUGGAAAAGGACCAGAGAUCAAGAAGCCCCAGAGGAUGUACAAGUCAGGCCAGAGGAUACUCCUUCAGAUCUCAGUGUUAGUAAUUCCAGUGUCAUACUGGAAAACACGUUGGAAGACCAUGCUGCUGAGGCAUCCGGGAAGCCUCUAGGUGAAAUUAGUGUUCCACUGGACAGCUCUUUACUUUGUACUUUGUCCUCAGAAUCUCACCAGGAAGCAGCUAGUAAUGAGAAUGAUAAAAAACCUGGUAACUACAAAUCUAUGUUGCGACCAGAGGUUGGCACCAGUUCACAAGAUUCAGCUCUCUUAGAUCAGGAAUUGUAUAACUCCUUCCAUUUCUGGAGGACUCCUCUUCCUGAAAUAGAUCUAGACAUAGAGCUUGAACAGAACUCUGGGGGAAAACCCAGCCCAGAGGGACCAGAGGAAGCAUCUGAAGGCCCUGUGCCCAGUUCUCCAAACAUCACCAUGGCCACCAGAAAGGAACUGGAAGAAAUGAUAGAAAAUCUAGAGCCCCACAUUGAUGAUCCAGAUGUUAAAGCACAAGUGGAAGUGCUGUCCGCUGCACUGCGUGCUUCCAGCCUGGAUGUACAUGAAGAGACCAUCAGUGUAGAAAAGAGAAGUGAUUUGCAAGAUGAACUGGGUAUAAAUGAGCUACCAAAUUGUAAAAUAAAUCAAGAAGAUUCUGUGCCUUUAAUCAGCGAUGCUGUUGAGAAUAUGGACUCCACUCUUCACUAUAUUCACAACGAUUCAGACUUGAGCAACAAUAGCAGUUUUAGCCCUGAUGAGGAAAGGAGAACUAAAGUACAAGAUGUUGUACCUCAGGCGCUGUUAGAUCAGUAUUUAUCUAUGACUGACCCUUCUCGUGCACAGACGGUUGACACGGAAAUUGCUAAGCACUGUGCAUACAGCCUCCCCGGUGUGGCCUUGACACUCGGAAGACAGAAUUGGCACUGCCUGAGAGAGACGUAUGAGACUCUGGCCUCAGACAUGCAGUGGAAAGUUCGACGAACUCUAGCAUUCUCCAUCCACGAGCUUGCAGUUAUUCUUGGAGAUCAGUUGACAGCUGCAGAUCUGGUUCCAAUUUUUAAUGGAUUUUUAAAAGACCUCGAUGAAGUCAGGAUAGGUGUCCUUAAACACUUGCAUGAUUUUCUGAAGCUUCUUCAUAUUGACAAAAGAAGAGAGUAUCUUUAUCAACUUCAGGAGUUUUUGGUGACAGAUAACAGUAGAAAUUGGCGGUUUCGAGCUGAACUGGCUGAACAGCUGAUUUUACUUCUAGAGUUAUAUAGUCCCAGAGAUGUUUAUGACUAUUUACGUCCCAUUGCUCUGAAUCUGUGUGCAGACAAGGUUUCUUCUGUUCGUUGGAUUUCCUACAAGUUGGUCAGCGAGAUGGUGAAGAAGCUGCACGCGGCAACACCGCCAACGUUCGGCGUGGACCUCAUCAAUGAACUUGUGGAGAACUUUGGCAGAUGUCCCAAGUGGUCUGGUCGGCAAGCCUUUGUCUUUGUCUGCCAGACUGUCAUUGAGGAUGACUGCCUUCCCAUGGACCAGUUUGCUGUGCAUCUGAUGCCACAUCUGCUGACCUUAGCAAACGACAGGGUUCCUAACGUGCGAGUGCUGCUUGCAAAGACCUUAAGGCAAACUCUGCUAGAAAAAGACUAUUUCUUGGCCUCUGCCAGCUGCCACCAGGAGGCUGUGGAGCAGACCAUCAUGGCUCUUCAGAUGGACCGGGACAGCGAUGUCAAGUAUUUUGCAAGCAUCCACCCUGCCAGUACCAAAAUCUCUGAAGAUGCCAUGAGCACAGCGUCCUCAACCUACUAGAAGGCUUGAAUCUCGGUGUCUCUCCUGCUUCCGUGGGAGCCGAGGUUCAGUGGGCGUUCCGCACGUAUGUGACCUGGGAUAGCUUUCGGGGGAGGAGCGACUUCCCUCUCCUGCAGGCUUCAUUGCAGGUGCAAGUUGCCUAUACCCAAUACCAGGGAUUUUAAGAGUCAAGAGAAAGUACAGUAAACACUAUUAUCUUAUCUUGACUUUAAGGGGAAAUAAUUUCUCAGAGGAUUAUAAUUGUCACCGAAGCCUUAAAUCCUUCCGUCUUCCUGACUGAAUGAAACUUGAAUUGGCAGAGCGUUUUCCUUAUGGAAGGGAUGAGAUUCCCAGAGACCUGCAUUGCUUUCUCCUGGUUUUAUUUAACAGCCGACAAAUGAAAUUCUUACAGCCUGAAGGCACACGUUUGCCCAGAUGUGAAAGAGACCUUCAGUAUCAGCCCUGACUCUUCUCUCCCAGGCACAAGGACUUGCUGGGCUGUGUGACCAGCUGUCCAGCCCAGCCCUGUGUGUGAAUCAUUUCUGAUGUGUGUAAAUGGGAAAGGAGGGUUUUUUACUUCCCCUGAGGGCUUGAUGCUAACACAAAAGUAGGAUUGACUUUAACUCUUAAGCGCAGCAUAUUGCUGUACACAUUUACAGAAUGGUUGCUGAGUGUCUGUGUCUGAUUUUUUCAUGCUGGUCAUGACCUGAAGGAAAUUUAUUAGACGUAUAAUGUAUGUCUGGUGUUUUUAACUUGAUCAUGAUCAGCUCAGAGGUGCAACUUCUUCACAUACUGUACAUACCUGUGACCACUCUUGGGAGUGCUGCAGUCUUUAAUCAUGCUGUUUAAACUGUUGUGGCACAAGUUCUCUUGUCCAAAUAAAAUUUAUUAAUAAGAUCUAGAGAGAGAGAUAUAUACACUUUUGAUUGUUUUCUAGAUGUCUACCAAUAAAUGCAAUUUGUGACCUGUAUUAAUGAUUUAGUUUAAAGUGGGGAAACUAGAUUAAAAUACUUGUCUUUUAACUA